AUGGCUACUGAAACCAUCACUGCAGCGCACGAGGCGGUGCAGCACGAACCCAAGCUUGUUGAUGGCAUCUUUACCUACUAUGAUGGACCCAGACCCCAGGUCGACGAUACGACCAUGCUAUGGGGCAACAAUAAACACUUGGUCACCAAGACGGAGUCCGUGACCGAUCUGCGCAGCCUCCCCAAGCCGCUAUCGGAGUACAAUCACGACGAAGAUGGUAUCCAAAUCCUACAUAUGUCCGAUGUCUCUGUACUCAAAGGCAAUUUGUACGAUCACGACUACGUGCAGAACCAUUACCGACAGGAACUGGGACAGUUUGUCAAGGAGAAGCUGGGCUUACGCCACUGCAUUCUCUGGGGCCAUCUUGUCCGCGAUGUGCCCCGAGAGGUGCACACCAAAGUCGGCGAAAAGCAAGUUGCUUUCCCCACAGCUUCUGGUACGACGGCUUUCCAUCUUGCCCACGUAGACUUCUCACCAGCCGGUUCUCGCGCCUUCCUGCGCUCUGCAGGCACACCGGACUACUUCGAGAUCCUCAACAACUCAUAUAUCCCCAACGAGGAUCGAGCCAGCUUUUUCGCCCUCCGCGAGAAGAUCAUCGCCGCCGAGGAGACUGCUAUGCACAAAGUCGGCAUCGACCCCGAAGCUGAAAAGGAGGGACAAGGCGGUCACUGGAGCUGGGACGGUAGUGGCUACGAGGGCCCACGCUACGGCGUCGCAACGCUCUGGCAGCCUCUUGACGAGGUCAAGCGCGAUCCUGUCGCCUUCUCCCUGUCUCCAGACCGCGACUUUAAGUACGUUGGUCUCCACCGCAAGUACCAUCAGCUCGGCCACGAUUCCAUGGGCGAGUUCUACUUUGAAAAUAUGCUUGUGCGCCCCGACCCCCCGCAGAGCUGGGCGUACAUCAGCAAUCAGACACCCGAAGAGAUUCUCUUCAUCAAGUUUUACGAUACCGAGGCAGUGAAGAAGGGUGAUGGCAGUGCUAAGAGCAUGAGAGUCCACGGCGCUUUCCAUCUUCCUGGUACUGAGCAUUUACCUCCUAGGCGAUCCAUUGAGACUAAGUUGUUCUUUAUGUAUGAGGACUAA